AUGUCCUCUCAGAUCUUGCAGACAGAGCUCUCAAAUCUGAUACAGGAGUCGAAGCGCAAAUACUCUGAUCUGAGAAAUGCGGCCGAACAAUCACUAAACAACUUGAAGGCAUUGCCUUCAACUUCGGAGGCACAGAUAACAGCCGACCUCAUACGGCGUCCGCACUUUGUCACACCGUUUAUACUUGCUUGCCAGACGCGACAGUCUAAACUUGCAUCAAUCGGAGUUGUCUGCUUGCAAAGACUUGCAACAUCACAUGCUAUCUCACCUUCUAGGCUCAAUGAUACCUUAUCUGCCUUGGGCGACAUUACUGGGCUGAGCCAGGAUGUACAGCUCAAGAUCCUUCAAACUUUGCCAGCCUUGCUGCACAACUACUCCGAUGAGCUGAGCGGAGAACUGCUUGCGCACGUUCUGGAAGUAUGCGCCACGUUACAAGCCAGCAAAGUUGCCGCGGUUUCAAAUACGGCAGCAGCUACUCUGCAGCAACUCGUUAGCUCGGCCUUUGAAAAGGUCCUAGUUGAAGAUGGAGUUCAAAAUGAAGUUACGGUUCAGACACCAGUCGGAGGAUCGUCUGUGGACAUUGGGGUGGCUGCGCAUGAUACUCUACAGAUCUUGAGUGAUCUAUGUCGUGCCGUUGAAGGCGAGAAGUUGGAAUUUCUUCACAUCAAAGUUCUCCCAACUAAUUUCAUCCUCGAGCUCAUUGAAAGCAUCUUGAUUAACAACAUCAAGCUAUUCCGAAAUCAUCCAGAGCAGAUGCAGUUGUUGCAAACUCGACUUCUGCCAUUGACAGUCAAGCACCUUUCAGAGAGACAUAAUUUUGCCCACACUUUACGAGUUGCCCGGAUACUCUUGGUUCUUCUCCGCAAUUUCAUGAGCUCGCUGCAGGAUGAAUGCGAGAUGGCUCUCGGCCUUUUAAUUCACUUAUUGGAACCCGAGGCCUCACCAGAAUGGAAGAGGGUACUGUGCAUGGAAGUUUUCCGUAGCCUGCAUUCAGAACCCAGCCUGAUUCGGCUAAUCUAUACAUUAUUUGACAAAGCCGAAGGAAGAAAGGACAUUGUGAAAGACCACAUGACCGCCCUGUUCAAAAUAGCGUCAGAGAACCCGUCUCUCAUAGGCGUCAGUCACCAGUCUACCGUGCCACAAGACGCCUCGCAGUCUCGAUCUAACACCGAUGAUCAAAUUACGCUGGAAGCAGGGGGCGUCGCUGGGGUCAUUGCCGCCGCUGUGAAUUCGGCAGAUGAGAGUGUGACGGGGAUCAGCAGUCAAUGGAGUACGGUUCGCACACCGUAUCUCGAGCUCCUUGAUAAAUCGGAACCACCCCCACCUCCAGAAACAUAUAUUUACAGUCUGGUUUUGAACUGUCUGAGCGCAUUGGCCGAAGGUCUUGCUAGGUUUAUCAUUCCAUUAACAGUAACCGAGUCAAAAAGCAAGCGAAGGAAAAGAAUUGAUCGAGAGCAAGGUUCGAAUGAAUUGCAUAGGUCAGACUCGAUGAAAUCAAAUGGAUCUGAAUCAAGACGGCAAACAGUGCCCCUCAAUCCGUUAGAUCUUCAAGAACAUCCACAGCGUUCUGCUAUUACCUCCAGUGCUGGAAUCAUCGAAUCAUGUUGGCCUGUCAUUCUAACCACAUGCUCCAUCUUCUUUUACGCAGCAUUAGACGCAGAUUUUUAUCAUAAUCUCGUACGGUCAUUCCAGAAACUUACACAUGUUGCUGGUCUUCUCCGCCAGUCUGCAGCACGAGACGCAUUUCUGUCAACUCUUGGAAAAGCUACUCUUCCUGUGGAUGAUAUGAGCACAUAUCUUACUAGCCCCCACGCUCCCGAAACCAAACAAUCGAGAAAUUCAGAUGCGGGCCAUGAGCAGUCGCUAACUGCGCACUUUGACACACCCAAAACGUCCUUUGAAGCUACAAGAGCCUCGUUGAGCACAAGAAAUCUCCUCUGCCUCCGAGCUCUGUUGAACCUAGGAAUUGCCCUAGGGCCAACAUUAGAUCAAACAGCAUGGUCUAUACUUCUUGAAACUCUGCAAAAUGCAGAUUUGGUAAUCAAUGCCUCUGCCACAGCCUCUGCUAAACAGACGCCGACUAUAGGAAGCGGAGAACAGGCCGUGCAAAGUGGCGCUGAUAUUCCUAGAGCUAAUAUCGGAAACGAGAUACUUGCUGUCUCAACUGCGGCAUCGAAGAUGUUCGAAAGUACAGCGGAUUAUCCCGACAUAUCCUUUCAGGCAGUACUUGAGGCGCUUUUGGGUUUACUAUCAGCCAAAGAACGAGGAGUGUUCGCGACAGCUCUAUCCCCGAUCAAAUCCGCAAACCAGCCGCUUGCGAAUUCAAGAAUUCAAGAUGACGAAAUCAAUAUCGUGCUGGAUCGGACCAAGGAACUCUGCGAAGCAAACAUUGAACGUCUAUCGGUCGUGGGCCAGGAUGAAGAUGUUGCGUGGAAAAUAUUGAAUACGGGCCUGCAAUCGAUCAUCACAAGCGGCACACAAAGCCGAAGUCUCCGUUGGAAAGCGAGCAGUAUCCUCAACUACAUUAUACUUCAGACCAUGAAACAUGGAUGGUUCGAAGAUGACUCUCGAGACGCUCUACAACUUCGAAACUUACAGUCAUUGCAAUCGCAAAUCACGUCCCUAUAUGAACAACGCGAUAAACUGACAAGUGUGGAUGCGGAGGCUCACGGGUAUGCUUUGGAUACACUUAGAGUCAUGCUUGAGCAAUAUGGUGAGACCUUUACAUCUGGCUGGGACUUGAUUUUCGAGUUGAUCUCCAGUGUCUUUGAGAAGCCCGAGACUGAAAACAGUGAGACAUCUUCAUUGCGAAAACUUGUGUCAAAGGCCCGAGACUUCAAAGCAAGGUCUCCACGUCUAGUCCGAGCAGCUUAUUCUUCGUUACAACUCAUUGCGUCCGACUUUCUCACUCUACUCCCACCAUCAUGUCUCCUUGAAUUGGUCGAUUCGUUAUCCUUUUUUGCAUCGCAGAACCAGGAUUUUAAUAUUUCACUGACCACCACCACCUUCUUCUGGAAUGUCUCGGACUUUCUGCAGAGCCAAGUCGGUACAUUUUCAAUUGAGGAGUCUAUGGAUACAUCCAUAAGCGACGAGUCACUCGCGACGCUGACCGAUGACGCCGACAUCUCUACAUCGAGAGGAGCGUUGUGGUUACUAUUGCUUCUUCGCAUUGUUGAUCUCACCACAGAUGCUAGGUCUGGCAUCCGCAACAGCGCAAUUCAUACUCUUCUCAGAAUCCUAGAUGCAUAUGGUCCACAGCUAACCCCUAAAGCAUGGCAUCUUUGCUUGAAUCGGGUGCUGUUUGUCAUGAUGGUUGAUGUUCAAAACAAAGCACUUCAGACUGAAAGCUCUGCCGACAGAGGGUCAGAUGCGGUGAAAGAAUGGAUCGAAACGUCUGUGGUCCUCAUCAAAGGCAGUACUGAUUUAAUUGCGACUUUUUUCGACACCAUAAUACAAGACCCACGAUUUGUUGACUCUUGGAAACGGUUGCUCGAAUGUUUUCAAGCAUUGGUCCGUAUUGAUAAUUAUGGGAUCAAAGAGGCGAUCUUUGCCAGUACCUGUGACAUCAUAAAGCAUGCAAAACCCACUGGCGGAUUCAGCAAAGAAGCGGUUGAAUGUGCCUGGAUUUUAUGGGUUAAUAAUCAUUUGGCUCCUGAAGGCGCCCCUUUGAAUCUGGAGGAGCCGAAUCAGGAUGCACUCAUUGCCUACUUUCGGCUCUUUCAGCAGAUAUACCGGUUAUACCGGGAUGAAUUAUCCCAAGAACUUGUUGCCCAGGUUUUGCAUCACGUGCGAACGGCGAUUUGGAACUCGGUGGUUUCAAGAUAUUCGGUGGAUAUUGAUCAUCAGUCAACUCUGCAGGAAUUGGUCCUCGAUUGCAUCAAAACUCUUUGCCUUGACAGAGACGCAUCACAAUCCGACAUUGUGAUGUGCCUGGCAGAGUUCAGCGAUGCUGCUCUGACUCAGUGGUCAACGGACAGAGACAAGAGCCGACCCUCGUAUGUGGCGUUCUCCAAGAGCGCAAUUGACCUUUUGAGCUGGUACAUUGCCGAGCAUGGUAUCAAAGCGGACAUAUUCUCUGAUGGGACAUUGACGACGGCACUUCAACAUCUAGCUCACCCUAUCACCCGCAAGUAUGAAUGGGGUGGCAAGGACCGUGAGCAACUGAUCUGGCAAAAGGCUACGAUAUCCGCUAUCAAAAUCAUUCGUGUUACCGUGCCAUAUGUGGAGAGCAAGUAUGCAGCGUCUGAAAAGUCUAGGAUUAUUUCAUUUUGGUCUACUGUCGUUGAUAUCACUCGGGGAAUCAUCUCUGCGAACGAUUACGAUGAUCUUGGUAUACCAGCCUCGCGAAUUGCGUCUGAUGAAGAAUUCGACAUUGAAGCAUUCAAGUCUUUGAUACCUCUCCUGAUCCCGUCCCUAGGAGCGAGUAACAUAUCUGAUAGUAUUCGAAGAGAUUUUGCAUGCGCUCUUUUCCGAUCAUCGCUCAUCUAUCUCCCCCAAAGAAUGGACACGUCCAUGGACAUACUACUCGAAAACCCGCUUCAUGACCUCUACAAAAUCCGUCGUGGCAGGACAUACGAUCCAUCCCCCACAGCGAGAUCCCGCAUCGCAUAUGUCCUCAUCGAUACGAUGUUCACACUGGCCCAGGCGUCGUCGCUUUCCUCAACUAAUGACGACCAAAAGGCAUCUCGCAUCACCAUAGCACGCUCAAUCCUGCCUUAUCUCAUACUUCGAUCUUUCCUCCCACUCAAAUCCUACAUCGCCGAUCAACCCUUGCGCGGCCUACUGCCACAACCAGCGCCGGCACAUCGCGAGUUGGUGCAUGUUCUCGACCGUCUAUUUACUCUUGAAAGCGAGCCCGCAGCUAUACCCGAUGCGCCUUAUGGAAUCGUCUCGUCGCCUCAGUCUAUGCCUCCUAGCAAUGCUCGCGGCAAGAACAGCAAAUCCAACUCUCGAUCAAAAUCCCAUUUGGUUUAUAGCAAACAUCUCGGAUGGGUGUAUCCACUCAUCGUGAAAUGUGUCCGUGUAGCCGGCAUGCAGAAGGGGCGUGGAAACAACGAUGUCGUGGUGUUGCAUCAUUUGACCCAGAUCUUGGAUGCUGUGUGUGACGACGAGGAUGAAAACGAAGAGAGUGAGGCCUAG